AUGUUUCCACGAUGUGAUGAUUGUUGCUACAGGUCUGGUUCGUCUGCAGAGGUUCCGUCACGGGAGUGCUCGACCCACGCUGUGCCCUUUUCGUCGUCGGCUGAUAUGUUCCUUCUGCUCAAGAAGGUGAUCACUGAGUGCAGUAAACUUAGCAGUGAGCCGGAUGCGUUGUUGAAGGAUGUGGUUGGUGUCGUGCGGGUUUGUCUGCGUAAUUACGCGCACGGUUGUCUGACAGCAUUUUUGCCCACCGCCCAUGGCCAGCAAAGUGGAAGCAGUACAGCGAAUCUGUUCAAUCUUAUUCGUGAGGAUACGACAGUGUUGAGAUUGAGUGCUGAUCAACAGUUUCUCACUUGCUGUAUACUGGCCACAGCGGAUUGGUGUGCCGAGACGACUUUGCAGUUGCAGGAGAAACUUGCUCAACGACUAGCGGGAGUUGACUUGAGUCAAGAGAUGGAGACCUUCUAUGGAAUCACCAACCAGGCACUUGCUGUUCUGGUUCAAGAUCUUGAGGGCACCUGUGAUGCAGCACUCCAGGCCAUCUCCAAGAUUACGUGGUCAGCAGUAGAUGGCGUUGGCGAUGAGUCUCCAUUUGUGGGUGCUAUUCGAUCGCACCUUCGCGCUGCUAUACCUCGACUUCGUGAUUUGCUAUCUGACAGAAGGAAGUAUUUUGCUCAUCUAUGCCUGAAGUUGGCCACGCAGUUGUCUCACAAAUUUGUCGGAGCACUGUUCAGAUGUAAACCGAUUAGCACUCACGGAGCCGAGCAGUUACUUCUUGACACUCACUCUCUGAAGUCAUUCCUCCUUCAAAUGCCUUCGAUUGACAGCGCAGUGGCUGCGAAGCCACCAACAGCGUAUGUUGGAGGAGUGAGCGCUGCGUUAAAUAAGGCGGAAAUGAUCUUGAAGGUGGUGAUGUCGAAUAUGGAUACGCCUGAGGAUUACGUAGAACACUAUUCAACAUUGCUGCCUGACUCGAAUACUUCAGAAUUGCAAAAGGUUCUGGAUAUGCGUGGUGUGAAGAAAGUGGAGCAAACAGCGAUCUUACAAGCGUACAGGCAGAAGUUUGGAGCUGCAGCUGAUGCCGCACCUUCGGUUCCUGUUGGAAUGGGAAAUGCACUGUCGGCGACACAGGCUCUGAAUGCUGUUGUAUCGAUGGCAGCUGACGGAUUGGCUGAGACGACUAGCAUGAGAAGGCUCGAAAAGCUUGUUAAGAGGAAUUUCUAG